AUGGGGAAAAAACUGGAUCUUUCCAAGCUCACCGAUGAAGAGGCCAAGCACGUCUGGGAAGUCGUUCAGCGCGACUUUGACCUCAGGAGGAAAGAAGAGGAAAGGCUGGAGGAGCUGAAGGGCAAGAUUAAGAAAGAAAGUUCCAAGAGGGAGCUGCUUUCUGACACAGCCCAUCUGAACGAGACCCACUGUGCCCACUGCCUGCAGCCCUACCGGCUCCUCAUCAACAGCAGAAAGCAGUGCCUGGACUGCGGCCUCUUCACCUGCAAAAGCUGCAGCCGUGUCCACCCAGAGGAGCAGGGCUGGCUCUGUGACCCCUGCCGCCUGGCCAGAGUCGUGAAGAUCGGCUCACUGGAGUGGUACCACGAGCACGUGAGGGCCCGCUUCAAGCGAUUCGGGAGUGCCAAAGUGAUCCGGUCCCUCUAUGGGCGGCUGCAGGGUGGAGGUGGGCCUGAGCCAAGACCUGGAGAGGGAAAUGGGGACAGCGAGCAGACAGAUGAUGAUGGAGAACCAGACGCAGAAGCCCAGGCCCAGGCCUGUGGCAACAAGUGCUCCCUCCGUGACUCCAUUAGCUCCUGCAGCAGGAGCACAGAGAACCUGGCUGCCUUCCCCAGGCCGCGACAGUCUGUGGCCCUGAGCAGCGGACAGGAAGGGCACUCCCAGCAUCAGAAACCCCAGAGCAAGCAGUGGCUGACAGAGCCUGCCGGGGACCAGCCAUCCGGCCAGAGCCCCAGGGGCACAGCAGUGUCGGGCCACAACCUCAUGAUCCUCAUGCUGAUUAGGACCCUGGAGGCUUGGGGGAAAGGGCCGAAGGUCACCAGGAAUGAGCAGCUCCCCUCCCAGUACCUGGCCGACGUGGACACUUCUGAUGAGGAAAGCGUCCAGGCUCACAGGGCAGCCUCUCACCACUCCAAACGGAAGGGCAGGACAUCGUCAGAGAGUCAGAUCUUUGAGCUGAGUAAGCGCGUGUCAGCUGUUGAACGCCUGCUGACCCACCUGGAGAACACAGUCAUGCCUCCCUCGGCCCAGUGUCUCGUCGCUGAAGUGCACACGGAUGCCGACGUAGAAGAGGAGGCCCUGAGAAGAAAGCUGGAGGAGUUGACCAGCAACAUCAGUGACCAGAGGACCUCGUCCGAGGAAGAGGAGGGGAAGGCUGAGGAGUUGGACAGGGGCUCUUCCAGCGGGUCCCUGCCUGGGGCAGCCCCAGAGGCGUGCACGGCUGCAGGCCAAGCCUAUGGAUGGGAAAAGAGCCCUCAGGGCCCUGGGGUCCCCAUCCAGCCCAGCAGGACCACCGACGAGGAACUGUCGGAGCUGGAGGACAGAGUGGCCAUGACGGCCUCCGAAGUUCAGCAGGCAGAGAGCGAGGUGUCGGACAUCGAGUCCAGGAUUGCAGCUUUGAGGGCCGCAGGGCUCACGGUGAGGCCCUCAGGAAAGCCCCGGAGGAAGUCGAACCUCCCGAUAUUUCUUCCUCGAAUUGUUGGGAAGCCUGGCAGGAGUCCUAAGGAUCCCAGUGCAGACGCUUCGGAUGAGGUCAAGGUAAUGGCAGUGCCCUGUCUCCUAAGGAGAAAGUUCAGUUACUCCCCUAAAGGUCAAGGCAAAGAUGACAAUUCUUUCGAUCGGAAAUCAGUGCACGGUGGAUCCCUAACCCAGAGAAACCCCAGCGGGAGGAAAGGAGCGGCCAGUGUGUUCGCGAAGCCUGUGAUGGCCCACCAGCCCUAG